GAUAGGGUAUCACUUCUCAGCCAGAUAUAAGGAAAUCACAUGCUAUUAUGCUGUCCACGCAUUCUCCCUUCUUUUAAUCAAAAACCCACUAGAUAUUUUAUAUGUGUAACUGCACAAGGUGUUACUAGUAUAUUGUUUUGUCCCACCAAUGCAUCAUAAUAUAACACUCAUAUUAAUCCAACACUGCAACUCCCCACAUAUACCCACUAAUAUUAUCUUGUUUUCUUCAUAAUUGAUACUUAAUUAUAAGUAUCUUUGUACUAAACCACUUCUUAAUCUUUAAGUUUAGAUGUUUAUGUAGCUCUGAGGCUUAUGUUUGAUUCUUGAGAGGUUUUGAAAAUGGAGUUGAAACUGUGUGUUUCCAAGUCUUUAUCCAGGCCCUUCUGCAACUCCAGUCACAUAGUUGGUCGAAAAGCCCCACAACUCUGUUCCUGCAAAGGUAACUUUACAAAGGCUUCUUACCUAAGCACUUCAGGGAAUGGUAUGAGUUUAGUUGCGAAAGAGAGAGUAAUGGUGGACACUUAUUCGUUCCGGAUGAAUGGAAAUAAUGGUGCAAGCCCAAAUAUAUAUUUUAGUAAAAGGGUACUCGACUAUUUGGAUGAUGAGUAUGGUGGAGUUGUAAUUAAUCCAGAAAAUUUACCAUCUAAUCCUAGUGUUUUUGCUUCUGUUCUCCGUUCAUCUCUUUCGCGUUGGAUGUUGAUGGGUAAGAAAGGAGUUUGGCUGAAGCUCCCACUAGAAAAAUCCGAGCUUGUUCCCAUAGCAGUAAAGGAAGGGUUUCAGUACCAUCAUGCCGAAAGAAGAUAUCUCAUGAUGACUUACUGGAUUCCGGAAGGACCUUGCAUGCUUCCUGAUAAUGCUUCUCAUCAAGUUGGAGUUGGGAGUUUUGUGAUUAAUGAAAACAAUGAGGUGCUUGUAGUGCAAGAGAAACACACAGCACCAGCACUUACUGGCCUGUGGAAACUACCUACUGGUUUCAUUCAAGAGUCAGAGGAGAUAUUUACCGGAGCUGUAAGAGAAGUAAAGGAGGAAACUGGUAUCGAUACUGAAUUCAUAGAAGUCGUUGCUUUCAGACAUGCUCAAAAUGUGGCCUUCCAAAAGUCAGAUUUAUUCUUUGUCUGCAUGCUGAGACCACUGUCAAAUCAAAUCAUGAUUGAUGAUAUUGAAGUUCAAGCAGCCAAGUGGAUGCCAUUAGAUGAGUUCACAGAGCAACCACUUAUCCAGAGUGACAACAUGUUCAAAAAGAUCAUCGACAUCUGCAUUGCACGUCUAGGGAAGAAAUACUGUGGACUUAACGUUCAUCCAGUAGUUUCUAAAUUCGAUGGAAAGCUCUCUUCAUUGUACUACAACAUAGUCGAUGCUCCAGAUUCCAAUUGUCAGACCACAUCACUCUGAAAAUGCCUAGAUGUGUCUCAGAUCAAAUGUGCUUUCGUGCCGAAACACCACCACUGUUUCCAGAAACUUUGCUAGAACUCCUUAUGAGCAAUGCAAGAAAUCCUCAUGCCACAAUUCAUGUGUAUAGUCUAUUAGUCUUCCAAGUCUUGUAUUGACAGAGAUCUUAUAAGUGUACAUCCUAAUCACCUUUACUUUAGAAAGUUGUUAUGAACUAACUUAGAUUAACUCAUUGAUCUGUUGAACAUA